GUACAUGUGUUGUUUAUUCGGAUAACAAUACGCAUCAACGGUGUACAAUGCGAUAUGUGUAAUAUGAACGGUCAGCGUCAUUGCACUGGUGAACGCGGUUCUAAAACGAAAAUAAUUAUCAAGGAAUGUCAGGGUAUACGGUUUACGCCAUUUUUACGGUGGCGGUGGCUGUGACUAUAACGGCGAUCAUGCAACCAGACGAGGUAGGUCCUGCAGGAAUGUUCGAGAAAUCUGUUUCGGAAAUGAUGGCCCGUGACAAGGACAUGACAAGGGACGUAGCGGAGAUGUUGGUAGCGGCCCAGUCACUGGGUAAUGUGACGGCGGAGGUCCAUGAGGAUGACGACUGUGUAGCUGCACAAAUUAAGAAACUUAAUCGAGCGCUGGCGGCCAUGGAUGCAGUACAAAGAACCGGGGCCGACGAGUACGACCGGUGUUACGACUACUUCCUGGACCUGUAUCCAUUAUGGCGCAUGUACCUGCUUUGCGAAGACCAUAAACACAAGAAGUCCCUGUUACGGCGCUACAAAUCGUUAUUGGCCCGAUACAAUAGAUGCUGCGAAGCGCUCAUCCGGGAUCUGGGUGUGCUAGUGGCCCUCGAAAAGGCACUAUUGCCGUCUAACGCGUACGCCGACCCCGACAAUCGAAUUCUUCCGUCAGAAGACACAGCGGCGGUGCUUGACAACUUUUGAUCGAGUUUUCAGUUUCCGGUUUUGUUUUGUUUCUGCUUUUUUAUGUAUACGAUUAGUUUUAUAUACGACAUAAUCGAUGUACGAACGCCAAUUUACGCGACUUUGUUAUGAUAUUAUGCGCAGUUUAAACGUCGUGUGUAAACUGAUAUUGUAACAAUAUAUUAUUAAAUGUAUAUUUAUAAUAUAUAUACACACAUAUGUAUAUUAAUAUAAAUAUCGUGUGUAAUGUAGUAUACAUUAUAUUUGUAUAAUAUAUUAUUUGUUCAUCCUA